CCAACACGAUCUCAGUGGAGCUGAUUUGGAGACGAGAGGAAUGCAAAGGCCCAGGCAGUUCUGGCCAAUGUCUGGGCUGUGUCCGCGACGGCCCACGCCUUAUUCUGCUCAACCAGGGCUCCAGAUCUGCCUUCACAAGUAGGGGAGCUGACUGCCCUGACUCACCCAUCACGAGGCCCCUCCCCAGAGCUGAGAUGUAUAAAUCUGGCCCUGCCAAUCCCCAGGCUCGGUUGGCAAGCAGGAGAUCAUUUCCCACAGCUCACAUGUUCUGCGUACACCACCAUGACCACUCAGAAUCAUCGACCACAUACAGUGUGGUUGAUAGGUGGUGGGGUCGAGUCCCUGGUUGCUGCCUCUUGUUUGAUAAAUGAAGCCAAGGUCCCCGGCAAUCGAAUCUGUAUCCUGGACUCAAAAGGCCAGCGAUCGCCUACUGGCACGAUCCGAAAUAACAAGUCGACACGCAGGCGGUUGAUCACGUCGAGUACGAGUCACUGUCAGGACCUGUCGUGCGCCUCAGCCCAUGAACCGCAUCAGCCUCACCCCCUCGACGUCCCCGUCUUCCACCAUGACGAAUCCCUUGCAACAUGCACCAGAGACCGCACCGAGGCCUUCAUGUCGGAGCCCAUCAACUUCCUCGCCCAUCUCGGCCGCAAACAGGUCUGGCGCAAGAACCGCAAGGACAUCCUCCACUUCCUCCUGCAGGAUGAGGAAGCAUACGAAGGGAUGAGCAUCCAGCUGGUGUUCGAUGAAUCAUUCUUCGAUACCUACUUCUGGAGGCUAUUCUCGUCAAGUUUCGGCCUGCGACCCUCGCACUCCGCCGUCGAAUUCCAUCGGUACAUCAGCAAAUACCUGGACGAGGUCAUCGGCAACAGCAUCCAGAUCGCUGACCCACUGCAACUGUCCCUGCGGAAGACUGUCCUCCAGCCGCUGCGAGCCUACCUUCGCAACCAGGGUGUGGAGUUUCACAACCUCCACGUCACCGACAUCAACUUCCACCCGGACAGCUACCCCCACGCCGCCAGCGGCAUUCAGGCGAUUGACCCCUGCGGACAUCCCAUGGUCUUACCCGUGCGCGCAGAGGACAUCCUCAUCGUGACGCUCGGCUCCGCCGCCUCAGGCAUCGCGACCGGCACCCCGGCCAGCCCUCCACCCGCCCUCUCCACCAGUACGCAAAGCCUGCUCGACGAUCCCAGCUGGGCGCUAUGGUCUGCCCUCGCCAAGAAAUCGUCGCAGUGCGGCAACCCAGCCUCCUUCUGCACCCAUCUCCCGGAGUCCCGCCUGGGGAUGUUCGUCAUCCACCUGCCGCAAGCCGAGUUCAACGUCCUCCACCACCGCGUCCUGGGCACCCAUCCCGCCGCUGAUGCCACCAUCGCAGAAAGCAACUGGUCCUUGAAACUCGUCUUUCCCCAGCAGGAGCAGCACGAGGGAGAUGACUCCACCCGCUCUAUCCUAGGCUACGGCUUCACCCCGGACGCACCGGGCCACCACAUCAACAAACCCAUGCCGGCAUGCAGCGGCGACGAGAUUCUCGCCGAGGUCUUGAGCAGUCUCAACAUUCCACCUGCUCAGAUUAUUUCUAAAGCCAGGACUGUGCCUUACGUCCUCCCGCUGGGAUUGUCGCCACUCCUCAAACGCGACCCCGGCGAUCGGCCGGAUAUCAUCCCGUCGGAUCUGGGGAAUCUGGCGCUCGUGGGGCAGUACGUGGAGAUCCCUGAGGAGACGGCGCUGAUGACCGAGUACAGUGUGCGGUCGGCGCAGCUGGCGGUGCAGCGGCUGAUGGGCGGGUUGUCGAAGGUGAAUGUGGCCGAGGUGCAUAAGUCGUUUCUGGCGGCGCGGUAUGGGCGGAAGGGAGGGGUGAUGUCUUGUCGGUAG